UCCAUGCAGGUAUGAAUGAUCCCCGAAGAGAGCCACUUGGUAGAGGCGUAGAGCCUUUGUUCAGCCAUGUCCAUGACCACCUCCAACAAAAUUCUCUACACUCCUCUCCUCCCAGAUACUUUCCUUCCCUGUAAUUUCCUCUUCUUCUUCUUCUUCUUCUUCUUCUCUACUGGGAAAGCGCCAUGGCUAUGGUUGACCCGCUCCCAGUUAUAUUCCCUAAUGRCACCGGGAGGCAAGAAGACAACCAGCUAGACUCCUCUUUCUCCAUAGUAGCCCUUCGGAAGUUACCCCACCUCACCGACUACGUUCAGAACCUCCAGACCUUCACAAACCCAUUAGAAUACAACCCAUUCUACCACGAACCAGCCAGAUUCUACAUCUCCCCCUCCGACGUCAUUCUCCGGCAGAUCGUCUAUGACCUUGCCAGUGGCUUUCCCGUGGCCACGCCCCACCUGACCUACCACCGUGCAGGCCCACGUAAACUGAUCUUCUACGACCCCUUUCAUGUGCGAGCUGCGAUUGUUACUUGUGGAGGACUGUGCCCCGGCCUGAACACUGUCAUUAGGGAGCUGGUGGUGGGUCUGUGGGAGCUUUAUGGGGUGCGUCGGAUUUUUGGUAUUAAGGCGGGGUACAGGGGGUUCUAUUCCACGGAACCGGUGCCGCUUGAUCCCAAGGCUGUGAAUAAUUGGCAUAAGAGGGGUGGAACCAUUCUUGAGACCACCAGAGGUGGGUUUGAUCUCGUUAAGAUCGUUGAUGCCAUUGAAARUCGAAGGUUUAAUCAGGUAUACAUCAUAGGUGGAGAUGGCACAAUGCGUGGGGCUGUCAAGAUUUUCGAGGAGAUCCGUCGACGGAAGCUGAACGUAGCUGUUACCGGGCUGCCCAAAACAGUCGACAAUGACAUUGGAAUCAUAGACAGGUCUUUUGGGUUCCACACAGCAGUGGAGACCGCCCAACAAGCCAUCAGUGCAGCUCACGUCGAGGCAGAGAGUGCAGUUAACGGCAUUGGCCUGGUAAAGCUGAUGGGUCGAAGCACGGGCCACAUCGCCCUGCAUGCGACCUUGAGCAGCCGAGACGUGGAUUGCUGCUUGAUUCCAGAAAACGAUUUCUACCUGGAAGGGGAAGGGGGGCUGUUUGAAUUCCUGGGACAGAGAUUGAGAAAGAAUGGGCAUGCCGUGGUUGUGGUGGCGGAGGGGGCGGGGCAGGAUUUGAUACCGAGAAGCGACGCAGAGAAAGAGGAGAAGGAUGAAUCCGGCAACCCAGUGCUGUUGGAUGUUGGGGGGUGGUUGAAAUCGGAGGUGAAGCGAUGGUGGGCAAGAGAUCACCCAAGGGAGUUGCUGACGGUGAAGUACAUAGACCCAACGUAUAUGAUACGUGCAGUACCUCCGAACGCGACAGACAAUUUGUACUGUACGCUGCUGGCGCACUCGGCGAUUCAUGGGGUGAUGGCGGGAUACACUGGAUUUGUGUCUGGUCCCAUUAAUGGCAACUAUGCGUAUAUUCCGUUACUGGACGUGGCUCAGACGAGAAACGUGGUGAAUACAAGGGACCAUAAGUGGGCGUGGGUCAGGUCCGUCACUAACCAGCCGGAUUUCUUGAAAUAACUGGAGGCUUUGUGAUUGGAGUUUCGCAAAAAACCCAUAUAAUGUAACUUCAGCUAUCUUUAGACUUUAGCCUAGCAAGUGUUUGAUGUUAAUCCCCAUAAAUAAGUGUUGGUAUGUAAUGUAACCCGUGAUUACACAACUUCCUUAGAAUUGGAAAGCAACUUGGGCCUCAAACUAGUAUAGGUUGGUAGCAGGAUGAAUUUCUUCUGGGUUGUUAGGAAGACAUAUCUAAAAAGAUUUGACAAACGGUAUGCAAGCAAAUAGCAAUAGUAAGGACUUUCUACAAAUACAAAUGUAGCUUGGGGCAGGCCUUGGCCAGUUGGUCCUUC